AUGCUGCUUUAUAUGCUUUCUAUACUGGAAUCUGAACAUGAUGAGGGAUUGAAGGACAAAGAUGAUGCAUUUAUGAGUGUAGAUGCAGAGGUAGACGCAGAAACAGAUGCAGAAGCAGGAGACGAAUCAUUCUUACGUAGCAUCAUUGAAGAUGAAGAUGCCGAAGCAAAAGUUGGUGAAGGUGCCAAUCCAGAAGCUGCUCAAGAUGACAAGCCAAAAGGACGGAAGCAAAUGGCGUCAAGAUCACAAAUCUGGGAGCAUUUUACCAAAGUUUUUGAUGACAAGGGGUUAGUAAAGGAAGGAAAAUGCAAGUAUUGUGGCCGACCAAUUCAAGCUACUACAUCAAUCAAUGGAACAACAGCAAUGCGCAGGCACUUUGGUACAUGCAAGCGCAGUCCGAAUAAGAAAAUGGAUCCAAAUCAGACCACUUUGCAAGCAACUCCAGGAGAUGGCAUUAAUACUUGGAGAUAUGAUGCAAAAAAAGUUAGGAAGGCAUUUGCUGUGAUGGUCAUGGAGGAUGAACUGCCUUUUGCAUUUGGUGAGAAAUCUGGAUUCAGAAAGUUCAUUUCAGUCGCUUGCCCCCGCUUUAGUCCACCAUCAAGAAGAACUUGUACUAGGGACACUGUCAAAAUCUAUCUAGAUGAGAAAUGCAAGUUGAAAAAGUUUUUCAAAGAGAAUUGUGGAAGUGUGUGUGUAACCACUGAUUGUUGGACUUCUCAGCAGCAAGAUGGCUAUAUGGUAGUGACUGCACACUUCAUUGAUGAAGAGUGGAAGUAUCAUAAGAAGAUUAUUAAGUUCAUUAUGGUGAAGGGCCACAAAGGGAAGGACCUUGGGAAGAACUUGCAGAGAUGUUUGAUGGAAUGGGGGCUAGAGAGAGUUAUGACAGUCACCGUGGAUAAUGCAAGCAAUAAUGAUGGCUCCAUUGUUCACUUGAGAAAGUGCAUGGUUGAGGCCAAAACUAGCAUAGCUGCUGGAAAGUUUUUGCAUAUGAGAUGUGCGGCACAUAUUGUCAACCUUAUUGUACAAGAUGGCCUAAAAGAAGUUGAACUUUCAAUCAAACGUGUCCGAGCUGCUGUGCGAUCUAUCAAGAAUGGGACUUCUCGGUUGGUAAAAUUCAAAGAGCUAGCAUUGGAAGAAAAAGUUAAGAGCAAAGCAUUCUUGAACCUAGAUGUAUGCACUCGGUGGAACUCAACUUACAUAAUGUUGAAGGCUGCCAUCACCUACGCGAAGGUGUUUACAAGGUACUAUGAGGAUGACCCAUUGUAUGCGUUGGACUUGUCUGAAGAAAAAGGAGGAUUUGGGUAUCCAGAUGAAAUGGAUUGGGAAAAUGCUAGGAAAAUGGCUGCCUUUCUUGCUCAUUUUUAUGAUCUUACUUACAGAUCCUUUGCAAAAAGCUAUGGCAGAGAGGAUGAAAAAGAAAAGUUUGACAAAUACUGGGGGUCUUGGCAUGAGAAUGAAAAGGUGAAGGAUAAGGGUCCUAUUGUAAAUGAAAGAGGGAAAGGGAAGAAGAAGGAGAAGGAGGAGAAGGAGAAGGAAAAUCUCAACUUGCUCAUUUUUAUUGCUGCAGCUCUUGAUCCAAGGUAUAAGCUUUCUGAUUUCACUAGGCUCGCUACUUUGGAAAUAUUUGGUGUUGAGUCUGGAGAGAAGGUGUGGUAUGCUGUCAACAAAUGUGUUCGCGAGUUGUUUGAAGAAUACCGAGUAAGAUUGACUACACCAGAACCAACAACACCAGCCAUUAUCCAAGUAACAAUAGAAGGAGGAGGAGCAAGUAUGAUGAAGGAACUAAUUGCAAGAUGGUGGAAAGAGAAUUCAUCUAGGUUUCCAAUCUUGGCAAAUAUGGCUCGUGAUAUUCUUGCUAUCCCCAUUACAACUGUGGCUUCUGAAUCUGCCUUUAGCACAAGUGGACGCAUACUUGAUGACUUUAGGACAUCUCUAACUCCAUUUAUGGUGCAAGCUUUAGUUUGUACGCAAGACUGGCUGAGAAGGUCAACAGAUCCGGUCGACAUCAAGGAGAACUUGGAAGAAUUAGAAGUGCUCGAAAAAGAGUUGAUUGAAGAAUUUGGUGACAAGGUGAAGGGAAAGCGCAAGUUCAAUGGUGGUGUUGUUUCUUCUUCCAUGGCCAAGUCAAACAAGAAAUCUCUUGGUUGCGGCGCAGAGCGGCUUGUUGUCGAGGUUGAAAGCACAGAGGAGAAGUACCAUCCGACCCCCGCGUCGUCCCCAGGCGACUCGGGGGAUCCCAUCUCGCUGGCCGGCGCCGCACCUCUCUCUCCUCCCCCCUCGCCGCCGCCGGGCAAAACCCGCGCUGCGGACGGCGGCGGCGGGGCGUUCGCUGCGCAGCGGCGAGGUUCCUUGGUGGUGGGAGGCGCUCUUUCCGCCGGCUCGGCGGCGCAGCCGCGGCGGCUCCCCAUGUGCGACACCGGCGGCUCCCUGCGUGGAUCUCGCGCUAGCGCCUCCAGAUCCGGCCGGCGCGGGUGA